CGCUAUAAGAGCGGGCGGCGGGGGCCGCCGACCCUCCGCAGCCCGCCCGACUGUCCGCUCGCGCUCCGCCGCCGCCCGCCCGACGCAGCCAGCAUGAGGGAGAUCGUGCACAUCCAGGCCGGCCAGUGCGGCAACCAGAUCGGGGCCAAGUUCUGGGAAGUCAUCAGUGAUGAGCAUGGCAUCGACCCUAGUGGCAACUAUGUGGGAGACUCAGACCUGCAGCUGGAGCGCAUCAGCGUCUACUACAACGAAGCCUCCUCUCACAAGUAUGUGCCUCGGGCCAUCCUGGUGGAUCUGGAGCCUGGAACCAUGGACAGUGUCCGGUCUGGGGCCUUCGGGCACCUUUUCAGGCCUGAUAACUUCAUCUUUGGUCAGAGUGGGGCCGGAAACAACUGGGCCAAGGGCCACUACACGGAAGGCGCCGAGUUGGUGGACUCCGUCCUGGACGUGGUGCGCAAGGAGUGUGAGAACUGCGACUGCCUGCAGGGCUUCCAGCUGACGCACUCGCUGGGCGGCGGCACCGGCUCGGGCAUGGGCACGCUGCUCAUCAGCAAGGUGCGCGAGGAGUACCCCGACCGCAUCAUGAACACCUUCAGCGUGGUGCCCUCGCCCAAGGUGUCGGACACGGUCGUGGAGCCCUACAACGCCACGCUGUCCAUCCACCAGCUGGUGGAGAACACGGACGAGACCUACUGCAUCGACAACGAGGCGCUCUACGACAUCUGCUUCCGCACCCUCAAGCUGGCCACGCCCACCUACGGGGACCUCAACCACCUAGUGUCGGCCACCAUGAGUGGGGUCACCACCUCGCUGCGCUUCCCGGGUCAGCUCAACGCCGACCUGCGCAAGCUGGCCGUGAACAUGGUUCCCUUCCCGCGCCUGCACUUCUUCAUGCCGGGCUUCGCGCCGCUGACCGCCCGGGGCAGCCAGCAGUACCGCGCGCUGACCGUGCCCGAGCUCACCCAGCAGAUGUUCGACGCCAAGAACAUGAUGGCUGCCUGCGACCCACGCCACGGCCGCUACCUCACCGUGGCCACCGUCUUCCGUGGGCGCAUGUCCAUGAAGGAGGUGGACGAGCAGAUGCUGGCCAUCCAGAGUAAGAACAGCAGCUACUUCGUGGAGUGGAUCCCCAACAACGUCAAGGUGGCCGUGUGCGACAUCCCUCCCCGUGGGCUCAAGAUGUCCUCCACCUUCAUUGGCAACAGCACGGCCAUCCAGGAGCUGUUCAAGCGCAUCUCGGAGCAGUUCACCGCCAUGUUCCGCCGCAAGGCCUUCCUGCACUGGUACACGGGCGAGGGCAUGGACGAGAUGGAGUUCACCGAGGCGGAGAGCAACAUGAACGACCUGGUGUCCGAGUACCAGCAGUACCAGGACGCCACGGCCGAGGAGGAGGGCGAGAUGUACGAGGACGACGAGGAGGAGUCGGAGGCCCAGGGCCCCAAGUGAGGUGGCUCACAGCCGGCGCGGCCUGGCCCCGCGCCGUGGCGCGGUCGUGCUGCCCCAGCUUGGCUUCCCAGCGCCGUCGCAGCACCUGGGGGCUCCCGUGCUGUCCUUCAGUAUUUAUGGCCAACCCCGCCCCACAGGAGUCCACUGGGCUGUCCUCCCACUUAGGCCACUUCCGUGUUCGUGUUGCUCAUUUUGUCUCCUUAAUUGUGGCUCCAGGCCUGUGUUUUAUGGUUUGUUUCGUUUUUUACUGGUUUGUGUUUAUAUUUUGGGGGGGUCUUAAUAAAUCUAUUGCUGUCAGAUGC